AUGACUCAAUCAAAUCCCCCUUCCCAUUCCCUUCAUCACCGCCGCACUCCCUCUUCCUCCAAUGCCUCCAAAGUCAGAACUUCCCGGCCUGCUCUGCAUCGGAAAGGUACAUCUUUUGUGAACCACUCCAUCUCGAAACUGGGCUCAGGCAACGCGAGACCUUCCAUCGACAAGGAAGACGACCGCCAAUUCGAGAUGGCCGCCAGUUUUUUGAACUUUUGCGCCAUGUGCGAACGACAGAUUACUGUGCCCAACAACUCUCUUUUAUACUGCAGUGAAAUCUGCCGUCGCAAGGACUCUUGCAAGCCUCUCUCGGCAUCUACUCCUGCCAAUAACUCCAUGUCCCAUUCAACCACCCCUCCUACAUCACCUCCCAUGUCUCCUCGAACCAUUGUCCCUCCUAUGAUUCCCACAAAAGACCCCAUGGCAAUCCCAUCUCUCAGGAUACACAACGACGCUCCUGAAGCUGGUUCAGAUAUCGACCCGACCGAAUGGAAGCCAGUAAUAGAUGCUGGUAGCGGCAGCUCCACUCCGUUGGCCUCCUCGGAAGCCUGGAACUAUCUGGCCCAAUUCCAUGGCAACGGAGUUAUGGUGCCUACCCGCCGUCCUGGUGCCGGCCACCGCAGUUCGGCCAGUCUGUCGACCUUGAUGAGCGCCAAUGCUCCUCUUCCUUCGCUGUCUCACACCCCGUCCACUGUGGCAUCGUCGGUUAGCAGCAGUGCCUCGGACUACAUGAGCUACAUGCACGAGCCCGCACAUCGCCCUCUGCCUCCGCGACACAACCCCUACUUUCCCAGCUGCUCCAGUUCCAAGGGAGUCGAGCUUGUGAUGCCUCAUGUGGAGACUCCUGCUGAGGACACCACGGUCGACAUGUCGGACAGCGGAUCUAUCUUUCCUGCCAGCAGUGCCAUCUGGAGGGACAGCUCCAACGAGAAGACGCCUACCCCGACUGUGGCGGCUAUUCCUGUUUCCAAGGCUCUGUAG